AUGGCAAAAAUAUCUAUGACUACGACUUUGAAAAAAUAUCAGCAGAUCUUCCGGAGUAAUUUGGCAUCUCAGGCUGUGAAAAAAUUACUAUCCAACACGUUGCGUUAUAUGCUACUAAUUCAGACGGCGUGGAUUUUCUGCGGAGUCACGACGUAUGUCGUCAAUUAUAGACACCGAAAGUUGACGUACCGGCAAUGGGUGCCAGACGUUUAUUACUCGUCCCACCUGUUGUACGUCGUCAUCUACGUUUACCAACUUCUGAGCACGUUCUACUGCGCGAACAUGAACAUCGCCUGCGACGCACUCAUAUGCGGCCUUAUGAUGCACGUGUGCUGUCAGAUGGAGAUCUUGGAGUAUCGCUUGAGGAAUAUCAGUCGAGAUACUUUGGGCUACUGCAUACGCCAUCACAACAGCAUACUCGAAUUCACGGGUCUCGUUAACACGAGAUUCGCGCAAAUCAUCGGGUUUCAAUUUGUCAUGAGCACGCUAGUGAUAUGCUCGAAUCUGUUUCAACUCGGCAAAUCGUCAUCGGUAAUCUCGAUGGACAAUCUCGCGUUAAUGGCCUAUACAGUCUGUAUGCUGACGGAGAUAUUUAUCUAUUGCUGGUUCGGGAACAAAGUCAAUCUUACCCGACGCAUUUUUUUUUUAAUUAACCGCUUUCUAGAGAUGCGCGUUUUGAAAUUGACGUUUAUGAUCGUCAUAUUCGCCGGCUGUUUCCGACCGUUAUCGUGGCUAUCGCGGUUCAAACGUGCUGCCUACAAUAUUUACAGAAUAUUAAUAAUCACCUUUUUAUACACUUUCGCGUCGUUGCAAUUCAUGGACAUCGUCCUGAACGUCGAUAAUCCCGACGAUUUCAUCGACAAUUUGUACAUGAUGCUGAAUGUGUCCGUAUCUGGCUACAAAUUGUUCAUCAUGUGGGUAAAUUACGAGGAUAUCGUGGAUAUAAUUAAUAGCCUCACCAAGGAGCCGUUCAAACCGUUGGACUCGGGUGAAAUGGAGAUCCGUCGCAAGUUCGACGCGCUAAUUAGGGCAAACACGCUGCGUUACGCGAUUCUGAUCGAGACGUCAUGGACAUGCACCGGAUUGACGUCGUUGCUCAUCGAUUUCAGACAAGGGAGGCUAACGUACCGGGAAUGGGUGCCGUACGACUAUUGUUCAUCUUACGCGUUGUUUUUUGUCACAUACGUUCAUCAGUUUUUAAGCACGUUCUACUGCGCCACCGUGAACGUCGCUUGCGAUACCUUGAUAUGUGGCCUCUUGAUGCACGUGUGCUGUCAGAUGGAGAUCUUGGAGUAUCGCUUGAAUAAGAUCAGCCAAGAUAAUCUGAGCUACUGUAUACGUCAUCACAACAGUAUAUUCAAACUUGCGCGCAAAAUAAACGCGAAGUUCACGCAGAUCAUCGGAUUCCAGUUUGUAGUGAGCACAUUGAUAAUAUGUUCCAAUUUAUUUCAAUUGAGCAAAUCGACGAUGAGCGCGGACAAUAUCGAGCUGAUUGUGUAUACAUGCUGCAUGCUGACGGAAAUAUUUAUCUAUUGCUGGUUCGGAAACAAAGUUAAAUCGAAGAGUCUUCAAUUGGCGGAGAACGUUUAUCAAACGCAAUGGCCAGCGCUGAGCAACAGCGUCAAAAAGAGCCUGCUGAUAGUUAUGAAACGCGCGAUCGUGCCCAUCGAGAUCGUCACCGCGUAUAUCCUCCCUCUGAACUUGGACUCCUUCGUAGCUUUCAUGACUAUCGUUCUGAACGUUGAGAAUUCCAACGAAUUCAUCGACGCUUUGUACAUGAUGCUGACCGUGCUAGUUGCAGCCUACAAGCAAACCUUCAUGUGGGUGGAUCGCAAAAACGUCAUGAUGGUAAUCGACCAACUCACUGAGAUACCCUUCACACCACAUGAGUUGCACGAGGUGACGAUACGACGAAAAUUCGACAAAAUGAUACAGAACAACACGUUGCGCUACCUGAUUCUCGUGAUGAUGUCGAUCACAUCGAUACUCCUAACGUCCUUCUUCACGGUGCUAACUGAGAGAAAUCUGACGUACAAAGCGUGGGUGCCGUUCAAUUAUUCGUCGUCCUCCGUCGUGUUCUUUCUCGUGUACAGCUACCAGUUGAUAGGCAUGUCGACCUCCGGUAUAGUAAACGUCGCUUGCGAGAGCAUAAUUUGCGGAUUCCUGUUGCACAUCUGCUGCCAGCUCGAGAUCUUAGAGUACCGAUUGACGAAGAUCUCGCGGAACCGCGACGUCUUGGGCGACUGUGUUUAUCACCACAACCGCAUUUUUACAUACGCGUGCGAAGUGAAUAACAUGUUUGCGAAGAUAAUUGCUAGCCAGUUCGCGGUGAGCAUGCUAGUGGUAUGCUCGAAUCUGUUUCGAAUAGCCAUGGCGGAGGACUACACGAGCAUCGUUCCGUUUAUAUUCUAUACCAGCGCGAUAUUGGCGCAAAUCUUCAUCUACUGUUGGUUCGGCAAUGAAGUCAAGUUGAAAAGCCAGCAAGUGAUGAAAAGCAUCUACGAAAUAAACUGGCCAGGCCUUAGCAAUAGCAACCAGAAAUCCCUCCUGUUGAUUAUGAGGCGUACGAUGAUUCCGAUCGAGUUCAGCAGCGCAUAUAUUAUCACGAUGAAUCUCGACUCGUUCGUGGCCGUCAGUAUAAUUCACUUAAGACGAUUAUUCGUCGCGGGUUACAAACAAAUUUGCAUAUGGAAGGAUCGCAGAAAUGUCACGUGGAUGAUUGACGCCCUUAGCGGGAAAACCUUCAGUCCGUCGGAAUCGGACGAAAUGCUGAUUCGAAGGAAGUUCGAUAAGAUGAUACAGGACAACACCUUGCGGUAUUUAACCCUCGUGAUGACGGCGGUCGCGUCGGUACUUUUGUCAUCCGUCUUAUUCGACUACAUGAACGGCAACCUGACGUACAGAGUGUGGAUGCCGUUCGACUAUUCGGGAUCUGCUGCGUUUACCUUCGUGUUCACUCACCAAAUGAUAGGCAUGUCGACCUCCGGCUUGGUGAAUGUCGCUUGCGAGAGCCUGGUCUGCGGUCUUUUGCUGCACAUAUGCUGCCAGUUCGAAAUCCUGGAAUACCGAUUGACCAAGAUCACGCGAGAUCGAGAUAUCCUGCGCGACUGUAUUCGUCACCACAACAUGAUAUUCGAAUACGCGAACGCGAUGAGCAACACGUUCGCGAAAAUAAUCGCUAUUCAGUUCGCAGUGAGCAUGCUAGUGGUAUGCUCGAAUCUGUAUCGAAUAGCUAUGGCGGAGGACUAUGUGAAAUUUAUUCCAUUGAUGUUGUAUACAGGCUGCAUGUUGGCACAGAUUUUCAUCUACUGUUGGUUUGGAAACGAAGUCAAGUUGAAAAGUCUUCACUUGGCCAAUAGCAUUUAUAAUGUCAAGUGGCCGGAGCUUAACAACAGGAGCAAGAAGUCACUUUUAAUAAUCAUGAAACGUGCAACGAACCCCAUCGAAUUUAGUAGUGCGUACAUUAUCACGCUGAAUCUAGAAUCGUUUGUAUCCUUACUUAAAAUGUCGUACUCGACUUUCAAUCUGCUACAUCAAACCCAAGAAUGA